UCCUUUUUUUUUCCUUCGCUCCAAAAAAGAGCAAAAUAACUAAACAUUUUUCAAUUCCGACUUGAAUUCCGGCGCCGGAAAAAUGUCGUUAUCGGAUUCCGAGUGCUCCCAAGCCGCGGAGUACAAGACUCUCCGUAUGGUCAGCCGCGAUCGAUUAUUGUAUGAAAUGCUCCAAGAUUCCAAAGUAGGAGGUCAGAGAUCAUCAUGGAAGGUGCUCAUCAUGGACAAAGUUACUGUAAAAGUGAUGUCUCAUUCAUGCAAAAUGGCAGAUAUCACAGACCAAGAUGUUUCAUUGGUGGAAGAACUGUUUAAAAGGAGAGAGCCCAUGCCUUCAAUGGAUGUAGUAUACUUCAUGCAGCCUGCCAGGGAGAACCUCGUCAUGCUCUUGUCUGACAUGUCAGGGAGAGAACCAUUGUACAGGAAGGCAUAUAUAUACUUUAGUACACCUGUACCAAAAGACCUGGUGUCUCACAUCAAGAGUGAUAUGAGUGUUAUGCCACGUAUUGGUGCCCUAAGAGAGAUGAAUUUGGAGUACUUUCCCAUAGAUACUCAGGCAUUCACAACUGAUCAAGAAAAUGCACUUUAUGAACUCUUUGGUGCUGAGAAUACUCGCAAAGCAGAUGCAUGUUUGAAUCUAAUGGCCUUGAGAAUUGCUAGUGUUUUUGCUUCAUUAAAGGAAUUUCCUUUCGUGAGGUAUAAAAAAGAUUCCAAGGAAGGGGAUGAUGACAGUAAAAAUAGUCGAGAUUUGAUUCCUAAGAAGCUUGCUGAAGCAGUUUGGAAGCACAUCACAACUUAUAGAACUUCCAUUCCCAAGUUCCCAACAACAGAAACGUGUGAAUUACUUAUAGUGGAUAGAUCAAUUGAUCAGAUCGCCCCCAUCAUUCAUGAAUGGACGUACGAUGCUAUGUGUCAUGAUUUACUUGAGCUGGAAGGAAAUAAAUAUGUACACGAGAUUCCUAGCAAAUCGGGUGGUGAGCCUGAACAAAAAGAAGUCCUCUUGGAAGAUAAUGAUGUUCUCUGGGUUGAGCUCAGACAUGCUCAUAUCGCUGAGGCUAGUGAGCGGUUGAGUGAGAAGAUGACCAACUUUGUUUCCAAAAACAAAGCAGCUCAAUUACAACAGAGGGAUGGUAGUGAGCUAUCAACAAGAGACAUACAGAAAAUGGUUCAAGCUUUGCCACAAUAUAAUGAACAGAUGGAGAAACUCUCAAUCCAUGUUGCGAUUGCUGGUAAACUCAAUACUCUUAUCAGAGAAUUGGAUCUUCGGGACCUUGGACAACUGGAGCAAGAUCUUGUAUUUGGCGAUGCAGGAACCAAGGAAGUUAUUACUUAUCUGAGAUCAAACCAGGACGGAUCAACUGAGAAUAAGUUGCGGCUUUUGAUGAUAUAUUGUUGUGUCAGCCCAGAAAAGUUUGAGGGUGACAAAGCAGCAAAACUCAUGCAGUUGGCAAAAUUAACGGAAGAGGACAUGCAAAGUGUCACAAAUAUGAAAUUAAUUGAAGCAGCAGAUUCCAGAAAGACUUCAAAGGGUACCUUCUCGCUUAAAUUUGAUUCAGCAAAGAAAAAGAAUGCAGAAAGAAAGGAUCGAGCUGGAGAUGAAGAGGAGGGAUGGGCACUAUCCCGGUUUUAUCCCAAGUUAGAGGAGUUAAUUGAGCAGUUGGCCAAAGGAGAUUUGCCAAAAGAUGAGUACCAAUGCAUGAACUCUGCCGGCUCUUCCAACGAAUCAAUUAGUGGAGGGGGCUCAAAAAUUCCACCAACUAAACCAGCCCAGUCUACUACAGCUCCCCAUUCGAUGAGAUCAAGACGGACUGCACAGUGGGCCAAAUCUCGUACUUCUGAUGAUGGAUAUUCAAGUGAUUCAGUCUUGAAAACUGCCAAUACUGAUUACAAAAAGAUGGGACAGCGGAUCUUUGCAUUCGUAAUUGGUGGAGCAACAAGAUCCGAGCUUAGGGUUUGCCAUAAACUUACAACCAAAUUCAGGAGGGAAGUAGUCCUUGGAUCAACUAGUCUUGAUGAUCCACCUCAAUAUGUUAAGAAACUUAAGCUAUUGUCUGAAAAGGGGCUUCCAGUGGAUAAUAAUAUGUUUUUCUGAAAAACGAAAGGUUUAUUAUGCCCCUCGAUUGAAGAAAUUUGUUAGUAUGAUCUCGACACGGCUGAUAUAUGUGAAGCAGAAAAACCAAAGGUGGAUUUACUGUUGGCAGAAUUCUGAGUGGAGGAAUUUUAUUCAAGGAGCCAAUUUUGAUAUGGAACUAAAAUUUGAAGACGUUGAAGCACAUAAUUUCAACUUAAUGGUGAUGUGAUCUCAACAUUUUGUUUGAAGCCACACAUAGGUUAUCAACAAAGUAGAAGCAUUUCAAACAUCUCAGAAGAUUCUAAGUUUAGUAACUUUAAGAUGAAUCUGAGAUCGUUGGUAUUGUAUUCAUUGUUUUAUUGCAAGUACAUUUAUAAGAAGAAUCACUUGCUGCAGUUGAUUAGAGGAUGAUGAAGCGUAUUUAAUUGGUAA